AUGGCACUUGGUCCAUCUUAUGAAUUACCUAAAUUUGAACUACAAAACAUUACUCAAGCAAUUCAUCAAUUAAAGUAUCCACAUACUGGCUCUACAAUUGCUACUAUCUUGAAAUCAAUUAUGCAAGAUUGGAAUAUUUUUGAAAAAUACUUUAUGAUAACUACUGUUAAUGCCAAAAAUAUGAUAAAGGCAAUUAGUAAAAUAGAAGAAGCCAAACAACUUAUACAAUUUUUUAUGUCACUCAAACAAAGCAAACAGCUAGAAAUAGCACAAGCAUUAUUAAAUCACAAGAUAUAUAAUAAUAUUGCAAUAUCUUCAUUAAAAAAAUUACUUAAUAUUAAUAACAAUAUAGUUACAGUUAUAGUAAAUUUUAAUAAUUCAAAUUCUGCAUUUAGUGAUGACUUGAAUUUGAAAGAAGAGAUCAAAUUUGCUGAUGAACCAGAAAUAUUGAACGUUGAAAGUGAGAUAAAAAAAAUCAAAUUAAAAUUAACAUCUUACAAAACUGUGAAAGAAUACUAA